AUGAACAUUUCCAGUGUCCGAUUGCUUUUGCAGGGAUACCAAAUGGCAGGGGUUGAUGUUCAACAUCCUCUUCUUGGAGAAACAACUUGUGGCUCUUUGCUGCUUCAGUUGCAGAAAAUUUGGGAUGAAGUAGGUGAAAGUGAUGUGGAAAGGGAUAAGAUGCUUCUUCAACUAGAGCAAGAAUGCUUGAAUGUGUAUAAGAGAAAAGUGGAACAAGCUGCAAAAUCAAGGGCACACCUUCUUCAAGCACUUGCAGAUGCUAAACUUGAACUCUCCACUCUUCUUGCAUCCCUUGGAGAGAAAUCAUUCAUUGGCAUUCCUGUGAAGACUUCUGGAAGCAUUAAGGAACAACUUGCUGCCAUUGCACCAGCUCUAGAACACUUAUUGAAGCAGAAAGAGGAGAGAGUAAAGAAGUUUGCAAAUGUCCUGACACAAAUACAAAAGAUCCGUGGAGAAAUUUCAGGGACUAAUGAACAAACAGGAAGCUUUACAGUUGAUGAGUCUGACCUAUCUGUAAAGAAGUUAGAUGAAUUUCAUGAUCAUCUGCAAGAACUUGAGAAAGAAAAGAGUGAGAGAUUGAACAAAGUUCUUGAAUUUGUGAACAUCAUACAUGAUAUUUGUGCUGUUCUUGGGAUUGAUUUUUAUGCUACAGUCACAGAAGUUCACCCUAGCUUGAAUGACACCACUGACACUCAAUCUAAAAGCAUAAGCAAUGACACACUUGCCAGGCUGGCAAAGACCGUUCUAUCAUUAAAAGAAGCCAAGAAGCAAAGGUUACAAAAGCUUCAAGAUUUGGCAGCUGAGCUAAAUAAACUUUGGAAUUUGAUGGAUACAUCUGAAGAAGAAAGGAGCUUGUUUGAUCAUGUUACAUGUAAAAUAUCCUCUUCAGUUGAUGAAGUGAAUGUCCCUGGGGCUCUUGCUCUUGAUUUAAUUGAACAGGCUGAGGUGGAAGUUGAAAGAUUGGAUGAAUUAAAAGGUAGCAGAAUGAAAGAAAUUGCUUUAAAGAAGCAAGGGGAGCUUGAAGAGAUAUUUGCACGUGCACACAUAGAGAUUGACACACAGUCUGCAAGGGAGAAAAUUUUGGGUUUAAUUGAUUCUGGACACGUGGAGCCUUCUGAUUUGGUAGCUGACAUGGAUGCUCAAAUCAUUAAAGCAAAAGAAGAAGCCCUCAGCAGAAAAGAUAUUUUGGAUAAGGUUGAAAAGUGGAUGUCAGCUUGCGAAGAAGAGAGUUGGCUCGAGGAUUACAAUAGGGAUGAUAACAGGUAUAGUGGAAGCAGAGGGGCCCAUUUGAAUCUUAAACGAGCUGAAAAGGCCAGAAUUUUGGUUAGCAAAAUCCCAGGUCUUGUUGACACAUUGGUUGCUAAAACUCGAACAUGGGAAGAAGAACAUGGAUUUACUUUUGCUUAUGAUGGUGUUCCACUACUCGCCAUGCUGGACGAAUAUGCAGUGCUGAGGCAUGAUAGAGAAGAAGAAAAAAGAAGGAUGAGGGAUCAGAAGAAAUUCCAUGAACAACUGAACACAGAGCAAGAAGCCAUGUUUGGUUCAAAGCCAAGCCCUGCUCGCCCGCUAAGUAGCACAAAGAAGGUGGUGGGCCCGGGGUCACGAGGUCUUAAUAGACGGUUGUCUUUGAAUCAAAAUGGGGGCGGGGGUAAAUCGGUAAAUAGAGAUGUCAAAAGGGAUGUCCCGAGGCCCGUAGCACCUUUGAACUAUGUUGCUAUAUCAAAGGAGGAUCCUGGUCUAUUUACACCUUGAAGGUUGUUUAAAUAAGUGAAAUAGAAAAAUUAUAUAUACAUGAUUUAAUCUGGGUAUAUUUAUGAUGUAAGUUAUUGGGGGGUUUAUGUGGUUGAUGCUUUAAUAUUCUUUCAUAGUUCUCAUUAGCAAAGACGAUGCUACAUAUAAUUAUGGGGUGUCCGUUGGAU